AUCGCCAACACCGCCACUUACCCUUCGCACCCGGUCUGCUAAGUCCUUUACCCGGGAAGUGUAGCAGGUCAGCAUAUAAUACGACUUUUGCUCCUCCGCCGCCCGGAUACUUCCGGCCGCACCCUCUAACACGCAGAGUGAAGUAUCAACUAUCCAAACCAUGGCCACGCUCGAGCAGGAACUCCUCGCUGACUUCGAGGACUCCGGAUCUGAGGGCGACGGCCUCGACGAUACCAAGGAUGACUUAGAACAGCUGGAGAAGGACUCCCAGGGCGGUUCUUCGAGCGAUGAAGACCACAUGGAUGUGGACGAGGAAGCGCAAUACGCCGAGCAGCAACGGAAGAAACAGAAGGGCCCAUUUGAUAUUCGUGGCGCAUCGAGCUUGCUUUUGAAACUACGACCCGUCUUGGACGAAAUCGAGCGGUGCAAAGACAAAAUGGACAUUGUGCAGGACGGCGAGUCAAUUGAAGAGAACCCGGAGUACCAGCUUUUGACGCAGGCAAACACACUGUCGACUUCGAUUGACGGCGAGAUUGCAGCGCUUCACAAAUUUAUUCGCGAUCAUUACUCAAUACGGUUUCCUUACCUUGAGGACCUUAUCAAGAAUCCGGUCGACUAUGCAAAGACAGUUGCCAUCAUAAAGAAUGGACCGCUGGACGACAUCAAGACUAUCUCGCAAAGCGAAGACAACCUAGUUGGCGUCCCGCUCAGGACAAUCUUAGACGGCCCACAGCUCAUGGUCCUCACCGUCGAGGCUACCCGUGCAGAAGGACGGGAUCUCAACGACGCUGAACUUGAACUUAUCCUCAACGCAUGCUCUAUGAUGCUCCAGCUUGAUAAAGCUAAGACAAUUCUUACCGAUUAUGUUCAGUCGCGAAUGAGCGUCUUCGCGCCAAAUCUCACUAUUCUCAUCGGCUCUUUGACAGCUGCCCAACUUCUCAACUUCGCCGGUGGCCUCACUGGUCUUGCGAAGACCCCAGCUUGCAAUAUUGCUCCCCUGGGAUCUAAUAAAGCGAGUGGAACUGGAUUCGCUACAAAUGUUGGAAUACGGCAUCAAGGCUUCCUGUACUACAGUCCACUCAUCCAAGGCAUCAGACAAGAUCUCAAGACGCAGGCCUUGCGCAUCGUCUCCGCAAAGGUCAUUCUUGCCGCCAGGGUCGACCGAGUCCAUCAGUCGCCGGACGGAUCAAUGGGUCGGCAAUUCAGAGAGGACUGCGAGCGACGUCUUGACAAACUCACCGAGCCACCACCAAACAGGGGUGCACGUGCUUUACCAGCCCCGGACGACAAGCCGUCACGAAAACGCGGCGGACGGCGAGCACGUAAAGCCAAGGAAGCAACCGCCAUGACCGAGAUCCGCAAAGCCCAGAAUAGAAUGGCGUUCGGCAAGGAAGAGAAGGAGGUAGGCUAUGGCACGGGAGACUCAACCCAGGGCCUCGGAAUGAUUGGCGCCCAAGACACAGGUCGCCUUCGCGCACAGCAAAUCGAUCAGCGCACGCGCGCUAAAUUGUCCAAAAAGAACCCUGGAUGGGGCGGCGGAACUACAACUACGCUCAACGGCGCGGCAACUGGUUUGGGCGGAACCGCGACGUCUCUUCGCGCUCAAGGACUGCGGACGGGCGGUGUGGGUAUUCCGACGGCUGCGGGAACGAGUUCUAUUGCAUUCACGCCUGUGCAAGGCCUCGAGUUAGUCGAUCCCAAGGUUCGGGAAGAGAUGAAUCGGAAACGCAAGGCCGACGACGACCGCUGGUUCAAGGGCGGUACUUUCACCCAGCUUGGCGGAUCAAAUGGGACUCCAAAGGUUGAUAGUGCCGGCUUCAAGGUCCCAGACCUACCAUUUAAGAAAACGAAGCUUGAGAACAGUAACAGUAAGGCAGCCUGAAGCUGAAGUCAAGCAUCGUCGCCAUUCGGGGUGCAGCUUUUUUUCUUUAAAAAAAAAAAAAUUUUUCUAGGGGGAGGUGUAUAGGGGAUUGUAUUGGAUUAGGCCCUUCAUUGCGGCGGUGAGGAAGUGCAUGGCGUUGGUGGGGAUUUUCAAAUGAGCAUUUUCACGGCGUUUUCAAGCAACUGCAGCCAGAUCAAUUUAAAAGAUCUUAGCGAAUACCGGAACGGGACAUACCAGGUUGUAACAUAGGAAUAGGUACAGAGUGUCCUCUAUCCAGUUACGUGUAGUGCUACCAGUGAUCACAAAGGCGGAUUUGUUGAAUAGAG